AUGGCGGACGAAACGGUCCCCCAGGUGUACGACAAUGCCAAAGGGCCGCAGGAGGAAAAGCCCGUGCUGCACGAAGAAGCGACUGACUACCUGGCACAGGGCCAGCCCUCGCCGGAUCCUCUCGGCGCAACGCCUCACUGGUACGAGAGGGACAGUCUGUACUUUGACGUUGAAACCGAUGUACCGACCGUGACGGCCGAUAUGCCCAGAGAAAUACCCAAGACACUAAUGAGGCCGCCAGUGGGCGCUGCUAACAUUUCCCACGCGGGGCUAUGGGCCGCGGCAGACACACCAGGACCGCCGAACACGGCGUCGCAGCAUCUCCUGGCGCCGGCCAUGGAGCCGAUGCCAUACAACAGCAAUGGGGGAACGCCGAAACUGCCGGACUAUGCGCACUCGCCUACUUGGUCGACAGGGCCUGUGUUUGCCUCUACGGUCUGGAACGAGGAUGAGCAUGCGACUCUGAUCAACACGCCGCGGUUCGAUGCCAAGUCGCGUGGGAUGCCCUACUCGCCGAUCAGUCCUUCUACCUCAUGGAAUGCAUCACCGAUGUAUGCGCCACGAAAUGCGGAAGCGUACGACGACGAGCCGCCCAUGUUUGCGCGGCAUCUGCGGGGUCCGUCGGACGGAUGGGACGUGGAGAGCGAGAAGAGGGCCGGAAGCACUGCGUCUGCCACUGUGAGUGUGCCACCACCCAAGAAGCCGCCGGCUGCUCCCAAGCCAGCGAAACUCAGUGAGCUCUUCCGUUAUGCGACGCCAUGGGAGCGCCUCUUGAACUGGAUCGGACUGCUGUGUGGUAUGGCCUCGGGCGCGGCACAGCCAGUGAUGACGAUCCUGUUCGGAAACCUCACGACCAAGUUUCUCUCGCUGAAUGACCCGGGGCUGUCGACGACGGAGGUCAUACAAAGAGCCAUCGAGGCGAAUGAUUCUGUGAAUAUGGACGCCGUGUACCUCGUGGUCAUUGGCAUUGUGUCGUUUGUUGUGAUCUAUGUGUACAUGGCCAUUUUUGUAUACACAGGCGAGGAAAUUACGCAGCGCAUCCGCAAAGAGUAUCUGCGUGCGAUUCUGCGGCAGGACAUUGCAUACUUUGACAAGCUGGGCCCUGGCGAAAUCACAACGCGCAUUCAGAGCGAUAUCCAGCUGAUCCAGGAUGGCAUCAGCGACAAGCUGCCGCUGAUGAUGGCAUUCAUCGCGACGUUCAUCACGGGUUUUGUCGUGGCGUAUGUACGCAACUGGAAACUCGCUCUCGUCAUGACAUCCAUCCUACCGUGCAUCGUCGGCGCGGCCGUCGUGAUGAACAUCUUCGUGUCGAAGUACCAGCAGAUUGAGCUUGCGCAGGUGGCCAAGGCCGCGUCGAUCGCAGAAGAGUCGCUGUCGACCGUACGCACGGUCAAGGCGUUCGAUAUGGGCGCACAGCUCGGGCGGUUGUAUGAGGCCCAGAACCUGCGCGCGCUCGGUGCAAGCCGCCGCCGGGCGAUCGCAGCGGGCAUUGGAAUUGGCGCCUUUUUCUUCUGCAUCUACUGUGCCUAUGCGUUGGCUUUCUACUUCGGCUCGAAACUCGUCGCUGAUGGCGAGGUGCAGAGUGGCAUUGUGAUGAACGUCAUCUUCAGUGUGCUGAUCGGGGCUUUUAGUAUGGCCAUGCUGGCGCCGAACCUGCAGACACUCAGCUUUGCACAGGCGGCGGGCGGAAAGGUAUUCGAGGCGAUCGACCGCGUGCCGACGAUCGACUCGUCGAGCACCGAGGGGCUCCGCCCCUCGGUAUGCCACGGCUACUUGUCGGUUCGCAAUGUGUCAUUCACCUACCCGUCGCGGCCGGACAUUCCUAUCUUGACGCACAUGAACCUUGAAAUGCGUCCCGGCGAGACGACUGCGCUGGUCGGCCCGUCUGGUUCCGGCAAGAGCACAAUUGUGUCGUUGAUCGAGCGCUUCUACGAUCCAACUGAAGGCGACGUGUACCUCGAUGAUGUCAAGUUACGCGACAUCAACAUCCAGUGGCUGCGCACGCAGGUCGGGCUCGUGUCACAGGAGCCCACACUGUUCAACACGACUGUGUGGGAGAAUAUUGCGUUUGGCCUACUGCACACGCCGUACGAGCACUGGCCUGACGAAAAGAAGGAUGCUCUUAUUCAGGAGGCGGCCCAACUUGCCAAUGCACACAACUUUAUUAUGCAGCUGCCCGAGGGCUACCACACCCAGGUCGGCGAGCGCGCUGCGCUGCUGAGCGGUGGACAGAAGCAGCGCGUCUCCAUCGCACGCGCGAUUGUGAAGAACCCCCGCAUUUUGCUCCUUGACGAAGCAACCAGUGCGCUGGACACGCAGAGCGAGGGUAUCGUGCAAGAGGCGCUCGAUCGCGCCUCGCGCGGGCGCACUACCAUUACCGUUGCGCACCGACUAAGCACGAUUAAGAACGCGGAUCACAUUGUCGUGCUCCAGCGAGGGAACAUCGUGGAGCAGGGACGUCACAACGAGCUCCUCGACAUUCCCGAUGGACUGUAUGCGAGUCUGGUCGCGACGCAGCGCAUCCACACGAACGAAACGCAAAAUCUGAUCAGCACGACUCAGCCCAGCGUGCCCCCGGCCAUCGCGCCCGUGCCGUUGCAGCCGGUCCGGUCGCGUGCGAGUGCCGUGUCGAUGGAGAGCACACUGACACAGGUGAUGAAGAUGCAGGGCCUCAAGACAGGGCCCAUGGAUCCGCCGCUCAAGGACAAGACACGCAGUGUGGUGUGGCUGCUACAGCGCCUUGCGCGGGUGGGGCACGACUUGAUCCCGCCAUACUUCCUGCCAGGCAUACUCUGUGCUGUUGCGACCGGUGCAGCGUACCCCUGCUUCUCGAUCUUGUUUGGCCUAGCGCUCGACAAUUACAGUCAGUGCCCAUCGGGCUCGGCGGGUACGCCCUGCCCCGAGCCGAUACGUGAUCGCAUGCGACACACAGCCAACCACCAUGCCCUGUACUUCUUCGUGAUUGCGAUCCUGUCGACUUUGGCAACGAUGGUGCAGAUCUCGUUGAUCCAACAGGGCUCCGCCAUCCUUAUGCAGCGCCUGCGCAGCAUGAUGUUCCGUGCAUACAUGCGUGCCGACGUCUCCUACUUUGAUGAGGAUGGGCACAACAGUGGAACGCUCACCUCGUCGCUCGCGGAGAAUACGCUCAAGAUCAACAGUUUUGUCGGCGUGUCGAUGGGCUCGAUCAUGCAGUCGAUUUCGACGCUGAUUAUGGGUGCCAUCAUUGCGCUCGUGUAUGGCUGGAAGCUGGCACUGGUUGUGAUUGCCUGCAUACCUUUCACGCUGUGUGCGGGCUUUGUGCGUCUGCUGCUUGUUGUCCAAAAGGAUGUCAAAGUUCGUCAGGUGCAUCUGGCCACGUCGCAGAUGGCGUGCGAGUCGGCUGCCGCUAUCCGCACGGUCGCUGCGCUUACGCGCGAGGACGACUGUCUUGCGCGCUACGAUGCGGCACUGGACCGCGCAUCGAUGGUGGCCAAGAAAGCGGCGUUCUUUGGCAAUAUUUUUUAUGCCUUUUCGCAGUCGACGUCGUACUUUGUCAUCUCGCUUGGAUUCUGGUAUGGAUAUCAGCUGCUCAUGCGGCAAGAGUACACGCCGUCGCAAUUCUUCACAAUCUUUACUGCCGUGGUAUUCGGCAGUAUCCAGGCCGGCAGCGUGUUCAACUUUGUGCCCGACGUGUCGAACGCAGCGAGUGCCGGUACGAAUCUGUUCCGUCUGCUCGAUAGCCGGCCCACCAUGGACGCUGAAUCGUCGGAGGGGAUCGACCUGCCCGUGUGCCGCGGCCAUGUGCGGUUUGAAGGCGUGCACUUCGAGUAUCCAUCGCGCCCCGGUGUCCGUGUGCUGCGCGGCGUGGAUCUGGAUAUGCUGCCCGGCACCCACAGUGCCCUUGUCGGCGCGAGUGGAUGCGGCAAGUCGACGACGAUUCAGCUGAUUGAGCGCUUUUAUGACGUGACAGGUGGCCGCAUUUUGAUCGACGGGCAUGACAUACGCACGCUGAAUCUGCGCUCUCUGCGCAAGCACAUGGCGCUCGUUUCGCAGGAGCCAACGCUGUACGACGGGACUAUCGAGUUCAAUUUGCGGCUUGGAGCGCUAGAUGAUCCUGCUUCCGUGACGCAAGAGCAGCUGCACGAUGUGGCGCGAGCAGCUAACAUCAUGGAGUUCAUUGAUGGCCUGCCGAAUGGCUUCCAAACGGAGGUCGGCGGUAAAGGUGCGCAGCUCAGUGGUGGGCAGAAGCAGCGGAUCGCGAUCGCCCGCGCGCUGAUCCGCAACCCCAAGAUUCUGCUUCUCGACGAGGCGACGAGUGCGCUUGACUCGGACUCGGAGAAGAUGGUGCAGCAGGCGCUCGACCGUGCCGCGUCUGGACGCACUACCAUUUCUAUUGCUCACCGCCUCGCGACGAUCGCGCAGGCGGACUGUAUCUACGCAUUUGAAAACGGUGUCGUGAGUGAGGCAGGAGACCAUGCCACGCUCCUGCAGCGCCAAGGCAUCUAUGCGAACCUCGUCGCACUCCAGGCGCUCGAGAAGCAAGGAUAG